UCCGUUUUCGACCGCGAUAAAUUCCAUCAGAUAAUCGGUGCAAAUACGCAUCGAAAAUGACUUCGUCUGGAGAAUUCGAGAGAAGAUAAAUCGACUAUUUCCGGUGCUCUUUCUUAUCGUUCCGGAUGUCGAGUGGAGAUACAUAAGUCUUGUCGCACGGGCGACUUCGUCGAAAUAGCGUGACGAUUUAAGGCAAUAGCAAAUGAUCCGGAGUCGCCAAGAGCGCGAUUUUCUAUCAAGAAGUGACUAAGAUGAAUAGAAUGUGACGGUCCGGGACCAGAAUUUACUUGAGAGGAAAAUCGUAUCGAAGUCACACGGACCGUGAUGUUGAUGAGAAUGGCCGCGGCAAACGCAGCGAAAUAGAGAGUUGGAAGAGAGCGAAAAAAUACACGAGAAAAGCAUUCGUCCGCAUGAUUGCUCGACGUGUGACGUCAAUGAACUGAAUAGUGAGCCGAUAAUCAGUGUGAUAACUUCACGCUACGUCGAUACAUUAUCAGUAGACAAUACGUGCAAACGGAACGACGAAGACAGGCAUUGCUGGAGAAUCGCGCGUUCAAGAAGCUCGGCCGCCAACGUAAUCUAAUCGGGACCGACUGUCAGACUGCCAUUAUGCCAGCUAUGCAGCCAUGAGUCGAACAUCUUUGAGCAUGAGACCCGCGCGACGGACGAAGUUAUUUCCUACGCGAACAAUGACGAGUCUGUUAACGUUGCUGGUGUUCGUAACGACGUUUUCGAAUGUAUUACCGGAAUCGGCAAUAAAUCCGAUAGGUAGUAUCGUCGGCUCAGGAUCAGGAGUUUCAUCCUCGUCCGGCAGUUCCUCAUCCUCGUCGUCAUCGGUGAUCGGCGUGGUAUCCGACAGUUCCAGUCCUAACGGCAAUGGGGUUGGUGGUGUUGGAAACGGUAACGGUGUUGGAGGUGUCAGCGGUAAUGUCGGUGGUAGCCAUUCCGUUAUAAAUGGAGGAGGUGGUGGGCAUUCCGGCAUCGGAGGCGGUAACGGGAAGGGUCGAUGCGAAGAGAUCACAAUUCCUAUGUGCCGCGGUAUCGGCUACAAUCUUACCGCCAUGCCGAAUGAAUUGAAUCAUGACACGCAGGAUGAGGCCGGCUUGGAAGUGCACCAGUUUUGGCCGUUGGUAGAGAUCAAAUGUUCAGCGGAUCUCAAAUUCUUCUUGUGCUCUAUGUAUGCACCGAUCUGCCUACCGGAGUAUACGAAACCACUGCCAGCAUGUCGCAGCGUGUGCGAGCGAGCGCGAACAGGUUGCGCGCCCUUGAUGCAACAAUACGGCUUCUCGUGGCCGGAGAGAAUGGCAUGCGAGCGUCUGCCGUAUCAUGGUGACCCGGAGAACCUGUGCAUGGAACAGGAUAAUCACACCAGCACUAGCACAGGUCCUGGUAGUAACGGCGGCGCAGUGAGCAGCGGUGUCCCAGGACCACCAGGCCCGCCAGCGCGGCCCACACGGCCCAGCAAGACUUCGCAACCGGCCCGCUGUAAGCCGGGCAAGAAUCAAAAAAACUGCCAGCACCCCCCGGGGGAGAGGACGAGGGAUUGCGCGUGCAGAUGCAGAGCGCCCCUCGUGCCCCUGGGGGCGGGUGGUUCGGGGAUAUCAGGACCGAUAAACGCCGUCAGCAGCAGCGUCAUCGGGACCGGCAACACCGGGGCCAACGCGGGGGCUGGUCUGGCCGGCAUGGCCGUAAGUGGGAUAAUGCCGGCGCCAGCACCGCCAUCGAUGGGAGGUAUCGGCCGAAGUAUCAUCCAGGAGAUCGCGGGGGUGCAGAACUGUGCUCUACCAUGCCGCGGCGCGUUCCUCACCAACGAAGAACGCGAGUUCGCGGCCGUAUGGCUGGCUCUUUGGAGCGGUCUGUGCGCCGCCAGCACUCUCGUGACCGUCAUCACAUUCUUAAUCGACACCCAGCGUUUCAAAUAUCCUGAGCGACCGAUCGUCUUCCUGUCAGCCUGCUAUUUCGUCGUAUCCUUGGGAUACUUAUCGCGCAGCGUGUUUGGACACGAAGAAAUCGCCUGCGACGGUCCGGCUUUGAAAUCGGGCGCUCAGGGUCCAGGCGCCUGUGUCACCGUUUUCCUCCUGAUUUACUUCUUUGGUAUGGCUUCAUCAGUGUGGUGGGUGAUCCUGGCGUUUACAUGGUUCCUCGCGGCAGGUUUGAAGUGGGGCAACGAGGCGAUAGCAUCGUAUUCGCAAUAUUUCCAUCUAGUGGCGUGGCUGGCCCCAACUGUACAAACGGUUUGGGCGUAUGUCGCAGGUGGCGUCGCCGGUGAUCCGGUGGCAGGGGUUUGUACAGUCGCUCCCGAGGGGGUGCGCAAUUUCAUCCUAGCACCUCUAUUCGUCUACCUUCUGCUGGGCACGACUUUUCUUCUGGCUGGUUUCGUGAGCCUCUUCCGAAUUCGAUCGGUGAUCAAACGUCAACCUGGAGCCAAGGCGGACAAAUUGGAAAAACUGAUGAUACGGAUCGGCGUGUUUAGCGUUCUCUAUACAUUACCAGCCAGCGUGGUGUUAGGCUGUCAUAUGUACGAGUCAGCUCUACGGGAUGAGUGGCUCAGUUCUCUGGCGUGUCCUUGUCAUCCACGGACAAGACCGUUAUACUCCAUCCUAAUGCUGAAAUAUUUCAUGGCUCUCGCAGUCGGCAUUACCUCAGGAGUCUGGAUCUGGAGUGGCAAGACGGUCGAUUCUUGGAAACGACUAUGGAGGCGUUUGUUCGGCGGUGAUCGCAGUCACAUGAGCGCCGGUGCCGGGAUGGUAGCCGGUGUAACCGGCGUCGGCAGCGGUAUCGGCAGCAGUAUUGGUAUCAAAGGUGUCGUGGGUCGGGGGAUCGCAAUGCCGUACCCAUCAGCGCCAGGUCCGGGCAGCGCUCUGUUACCCCCAGGAAGCAUCGCCAGUGCGUCCCAACAUCAUCUACAUCACCAUGUACUCAAGCAACCCCCGCUUUCACACGUAUGACGUCACCAGUCUGCGGGGGGCGACAUGAAUACCGCUGGAUGCGUCGAGUCACAGCAGCAAGAGAGGCCUUCCGCCCUCAGCAAUUACGGGCCCAUCUAGCCCUUCGCCUCGGCCUCGCGCAGGCACAACGCGACGCCGCACCCGGCACCGCAUACGGCGCCACAUACGCCCCAUUCGGCGGCGACCAUCUACUCCAGGAGGUCACUCGCGUCCACAACGGGGCCGCUGACGCCGGCGCAUGGCAUCGCGCCCUCCUACACGCAAGCUACCGAAGUAUGAAAGGUAUCACUCAUGGAGGUGCACAUAAGAUUGAACGAUUCAGCGGCCUGGCGUUAGUGCCAACGAGCGCAUACUUUGCGCGAUGGACAAUGAGCGGCCGCGGUGCUUCUUGAUUACCCGAUAUACGUAUUAGCCUGUACGUGUCUUCUUCCGCGGGAAUCUCAAGGAAUCUUCUCUCCAGUUCGGAUCAUCGACGAUUUCUUCGGCGCCUUCAUCUUGCCAGUUGAGUCAAAGAAACUGUCCUAUGAAAGGAUGAAUCUUGAUCGAUGGAACGAAGCGAUGCAUUUUGAUAUUAUCGGUAGAGAGGAUCACUCGAGUGUCGCGGUAUAGUGAGAUUGUGAUUAGAAAAAAGAUUCAAUGAGUGUGGUACGCAAGAAUGUAUGUGCGUGCAUACGAUAAACGGUGAACGAUGCCGAUUGAUUUCUCUAUCUUUAUCCAUAUCUAUCUGUCUCUCUCUAAUCUUUCUUACAUUCUUGUAAGACGGUGCUCGUAAAGCCCGUCACCGUGUCCGUCUAACGUGUAUCGUCUCGUCUAUUUAUCUAAUCUAGCCAUUAAAGAGCCAUGUUAGGGGAUGCACACACGGAUGCGAUGCGUAUGCGAAAAAAGCGGCAGCCUACUUUUUUUCCUUUCCUUUCCCAGAAGAGAGAAAAACUGCCAUGAUCUCUCGAUAUCGCGUGCUGAAAGCUAUCUCUCUUUCCGGGAGAUAUCUCUCUACUUGUACUAAUUCUUUAUCACUGCCACCCUUCGCGAUCGAAGGGUCGCGAAAUUUUGAAAGUAGUUUCAACCGAAAGUAGGCCGCCACCGCAAUAGAUGCAAUGAAG